GAGAGAGAGAGAGAGAGAGGGGGAGGGGUCAAGCCCACGGAGUAGGUCGCAUAUCGACUCUCAGGAAUAGGAAGUCCGCCGUAUCCGACGCUUGGUCCUACAUGUUCUUGGUCUCUGCUUCCUAGAGAUAGAAAGCCUGGCCUUUCAAAGAGAGAGGCCGUUUUCUGGAGAUACAGAGAUGCAGCAAAGUGGAUGAGAAUCGCCAGUAGAGGAAGGUCGAGAAAAUAAGUGUUAGGGAUAGAGAGAGAGAGGGAGAAGGUGUAUUACAGUUGGAGUUUGAGUGAACCGUACUCCCUACCUCCAACCGCCUCCCCCUUAUUCUAGAGAGAGAGAGAGAGAGAGAGAGAGGGAGAGGGAGGGAGGUUCACGCUGCAACAAGGGAGCCUAGAAAAUUCGAACGUCGUGAGACGAAGAGAGGGGGAAAGAAGAGCAGAGAGAGAGAGACUCAGGGUUCCUCUCUCUCAUCUCAAAUGGAGGCGCACAUGGACGUUUCUUGGAACAUGGAGGACGAGUACGAGAAGUUCGUCAGGAGAAUGAAUCCACCAAGGGUGGUGAUUGACAACGAGUCAUGCGAGAGCGCGACGGUUAUCAGGGUUGAUAGUGCAAACAAGCAUGGAAUACUGCUCGAAGUUGUACAAGUCCUCACUGAUUUAAAUCUUGUUAUAACGAAGGCCUAUAUUUCUUCAGAUGGAAGCUGGUUCAUGGAUGUUUUUAAUGUGACUGAUCGGGAGCGAAAGAAGGUCAAAGAUGAGAACGUUUUGGAUUGCAUCCGGAAGUAUCUCGGAGCAGAUUCAUCUGUCACUGCUGCCAUUAGAAGGUCAAUUGGUAUCCAACCAUCAAGCGAGUACACAUCGAUUGAGUUAACAGGCACUGAUAGGCCUGGUCUGCUUUCAGAAAUUUGUGCUGUGCUUGCCAACCUCAAAUGCAAUGUGGUUAAUGCAGAGGUCUGGACCCAUAACUCAAGAGCUGCAGCUGUGAUGCAUGUAACUGAUCAAGCAACCAAUUUGCCUAUUACAGACCCACAAAGGCUUUCUAAGGUCAAAGAGCUUCUGCGCAAUGUACUAAAAGGUAACCACAAAAGCAGGGGAGCUAGCACAGCCGUCUCAUUGGGCCAUACCCACACAGAGAGGAGGCUUCAUCAGAUGAUGUUUGCUGACAGAGACUAUGAAAGAGGUGAAAGAGCGAGCUCAGAUGACCAACUAAGGCCUCAAGUAACUGUUACGGAUUGCACUGAUAAGGACUAUUCGGUGGUUACAAUUCGCUGCAAGGAUCGACCAAAGCUUCUUUUCGACACAGUGUGCACAUUGACAGACAUGCAAUAUGUGGUUUUUCAUGCCAAUGUUGAUGCAGAAAGACCGGAAGCUUAUCAAGAAUACUACAUUCGUCAUAUAGAUGGGUCUCCCGUGAAUUCUGAAGCUGAGAGACGCCGUGUGAUUCAAUGCCUAGAAGCAGCCAUAGAGAGAAGAGUUUCAGAGGGACUUAAGCUCGAGUUAUGCACCAAUGACAGAGUUGGUCUGCUGUCCGAUGUCACACGGAUCUUCCGCGAAAACAGCUUAUCUGUCACUAGAGCAGAAGUGACAACAAAAGGUGGCAAUGCAAUCAACACCUUCUAUGUGUGUGAUGCAUCCGGGCUCCCUGUUGACUCAAAGAGAAUCGAUGCUGUUAGGUUACUAAUUGGACAAACCAUACUGAAGGUGAAAGAUAGCUCAGCUUAUUCUUCAUCUCCUCCCCAAGAAUCUGGGACCAGGUUUCUCUUUGGAAAUCUCUUCAAAUCAAAGUCCCUCUGUAAUUUUGGGUUAGUGCGGCCCUACUCUUGAUAUCUUGCUGUGGAAUUCAAAGGAAGACAUGAAGUUGUCCAAAUCCUGAAAUGGAAGAUAAGCUGUCACCUACAGACUGCUGAAAUAGAUCAGAACAUUAAAGCACCCUGUACAGUUAUACUGUUUACAGAAUGAACUUACCUUUGUAAAUAUGAUCAGUUUAUAGUUGACCAAUUGUUUAAGGAAGGGUCAUUUGGGUAUGGAAAAUAGAUGUGCCUGAAGAGGCUGAUGGGUCUGGCCUUGUUAUUUAUGUAAGCAUGAACGUGUAUAGUGAUGUCACUUUGUGAAAAUUACUACUGUAUUCCGCUUCAUUUGUUAAAAGCCAAUGCAAUGCUCCUUCACUCUCUA